UUUUUACGACGCGCGUUAUUUUCCAACAUGGCCUCCUCCUCCUCCUCCUCCUCCUCCAUGCUUUCCUUCCUCGGCUCUCUCCUCUACUUCUCUCUUUCCUUCCGCACGCCGGAUUCACUGCGCUAAACCCGAUGCAGUAAACCUGUAUACCGCUUUUCUUCCUUUUAUUCAUCGUAGUGCGUACCACACUUCGCUCUUAAGGUGUGUUCACAAUGCUUUUACCGCCGAUUAUUAUUGCCGCCAGUAAAAACUAUACUGUGCCGGCCAAUUGGAACAGAUCCGAAUGGGAUCCGAUCCGAAUGGUUGCUCUCGUUUCGUUCACUUCUCUUCCUUCCCGUGUCGCCCGAUUUUUUUCUCCAAUUCCGCAGUAAGAUGAGUUUUUUUAUCUCGACAACAAACGAGAAUCCCCGAUCGCUUGGAAAAGAGAUUAUCGAGACCGUUUACCGCGCCACGUUUCUUUCGUAAACAACUGCUUGCUACUUGACGCAUCGUUUAAAUUAACAGGGCGUGAAGCAAAAUUGAAAACGUGAUGGACGGAAGGAAGGACCGUGAAUUCCCGCGCUUUCCGACUUCCCGUCGAUAUUUAAAAAUUGAAGUAGAAGAGAAAAGAAAAAUCUUUCCCUUCUUUUUUUUUCUUUUUUUUUUCGACGAAUUCACACCGGCUAUGAUUAUGGACUGGCCACAGGGAUUUAACGAUCGCGCGAUCCCUAUUCGGGGAUAUACGAACGAUUGUAGGACAAUGACGAUGAAUAGAAAGUGGGACGUGAUGUACACUCGACGCGGAAAGAAAAAUUUCCAACGAUGCUCGAAGGGACCUAUAGUUUUCAAAUCCUAUUUUUAGCCGUCCUCCCUCUCCUUUGUAUAGCCUCCUUUCUAAAAAUCCGUACGCGCGAAAAGAGAAUUUCCCGUAAUAUAAUUAAACGUUUCAUUACGUAACGAAUGAAAUUUGUCGAAAUGAAAUUUUUUAACGUAUAUAUAUAUUUCGAAUCGUCGAACUUCCACCUCCGAAAGGAAAAAAAAGUGUUCCAAGCGCGGCUCACGUCCACCAAAUUGUCCGCGAGGAGGAAAUUCGAAGCGCUGCGCAGAUCCACCGCGCAGGCCGAUCCUCUUUUGAGUUGGAACGGCUCCGUGGCCGUUCGUCCGAAUCAUACGCCGGCUCGUGCGAGCUCGAUAAACACGUUCCACGAUUCGUGGUUCCUGGCAUUCGUCCCGUGACGAUUUUUCGCGAUAAUCCGAGAAUUUAUUAUAAAGGAAACGAACGAAUUCACGAGAAAAUUCUCUCACCUCGAUCGAAUACGCGGUGUCGAUGAAGAGGGCCACGUGAUCAUCGCAACCGGUUCGAUAAUGCGGCCGAUUGGUUGGGCGAUGGCGUGCGCGUUGCUCGCGUCUACUUUUCCAAAAAGUGCAUCUCUGCUCAUCAGCGCGGAGGAGGAGAGUGUUGGUGUCGUUGCUACAGCUCACCGCCAUCCAACUGGACGCGGCAAACUGACCAAACUGCUGCCCAUUUCCAAGGACACUGCACCGGAUCCCGAUACACACCGACUCGAACAGUUUAUCGACGACGAGAGGAGGAGGAAGAGGAGGAGCGUACAGGGGACGAGAAGAGAGGGUCGAACGUUCGGUCAUAAGCGAAUCCAAUUCAUGCUGAUGCCGAUGAUGUACAAAAUGGGAGUGAUGAUGACGAUGCUGAUCGUUUUGACGGCGAUCUCCGUCAAGGGAUUGCUCGUUGGUGCCAUGUUAUUAAUGCUGAAACUGAGCACGCUAAUAGCCAAGUUCUCCUUCGGUUGGCAGCACAAUGCGCAGGCUCCUCAACCGAUCCAUGUGCACGUUCACAACAGUCCACCAACGGCUCACAAUCAAGCGUACAGCGGUUGGAUACCGGGGAGCGGUUCGGGAGGGGAACACCACUACUAUUACAGAGCAUGAAUUCUCUCUCAGUUGAAGAGACUGUUUCUUCGAUAUAUAUAUAUAUACAUUUGUCGUAAUUAGAAUUACGCUUGUCGCGCGUAUAUCGUUCCUUCGACUAUAUAUAUAUCCAUACCUCAAUUGUGAAGAAAAACCCCGAUUAUUUGUGAUAAUUUAUCAUACGAUCAAGCGAAACCGAUGCUACGUUUACCAAAGGAUAUUUAUUCUCGAAUUUAAGUUUUUUAUUUAAGUUUUAUUUCGGAAAGUAAGACUGGCAGCUCGCCUCGAAUCGCAUAUAUAGAUAUAAUCGAGAAAAAGACCAAAUUGAGAAACCAAAAUUGUGUAAAUUUGUGUUACGUUUAAGGAACAACAACCUCAACACGUUUACCUCAACUUAGCGAUAUUAGUAUUAAUUUAUUAUUGUUGUAAGGAAGCAGCGUCUCUGUCUCGAUAACCAUCCACGUUUAAUCGUAACAAUUAUAUGUAUAUCAUCCUAUGAAUGUAUUUUAUUAAAUUUUUUUUUUUCAAA